GCUGCACUGAGCGUGAUGUUGAACCGGUCGUUGAUAAUUGGGCAAACCAGGGGUAGAUAUCCUUUUGAGGAUUUCAUCUAUUACUCCAAUAUUUCCUUCACAUUGAAAGAAAUCAAGCACCUUUGGAGACAGAAUGGUUGUCUGACCAAAUAUGGGAGGCAUCUCGUUAUCAGAAUUGAUGACUUCCAGAAGCCAGCACGAACAAAUGUUCUGUGUAGCAAUUGGAGGGUUUGGGAACAGCCUAUUAUCUGGUUUCAGAAUACAACAGAUGCCGUGGCUGCUCAAUUUUUCUUGAAGAAUGUACAUGAUGAGAUGAGGAUAGCUGCUUCUACUUUGUUUGGAAAACCAGCUGACCUUCACCAUAGGCCUAACGUAUUUGGGGAGCUAAUGAGACUUCUCAUAUCUCCGUCGGAGAAUAUUCAACAUGCUGUGAACUGGGCACUAAGUGGUGGUGCUGACCCUGAUAUUGCUCUACACAUGCGGAUGCUUAUGAAUAGAUCCAUUAGAGCAGUUCAAGCAGCUUUCACUUGCAUCAGCAAAUCUGUGGAAAAUCUAAAAUUGACGUCCAAGCCCAGAGUAGUAUUAGUUUCAGAUAAUCCUUCUCUGGUCAAAGAUAUUGCUCCAGAAUUGAAUCAGUUUGCAGAAGUCCUUCACUUCGAUUUCGAAAGCUUUAAAGGAAAUAUAUCUGGCAAAUCACAUGUUCAUACUCUCAAUUUUAGAACGAAGGAUUGGGGUACCGCACCAAGAUGGGUUGCAUUUGUUGAUUUCUUUCUUGCUUCACGUGCAAAACAUGCAGUUGUCUCUGGGGCUCACCGGCGUGUUGGGACCACGUUUGCUCAGCUGGUUGCAGCAUUGGCUGCAGCUAACAGCCUUGAUGAUAGAUCCUCUGCUGGAUCAAACUUCACCUUCCUCAGUAGCUUCCAGAGUAACUUGCUUGCAGAAGGUCUAAAGAAUCAGAUUGGUUGGGGGCACGUGUGGAACCGAUUUGCUGGUACGUUAAGCUGCCACAACCAAUCUAAGCAAUGUGCUCAUACUCCUAUUCUUCCGCCUGCAUGGUGGGAUGGACUUUGGCAGUCACCUAUUCCACGGGAUGUACACAGAAUGGAAGCAUAUGGCAUCCGCCUUUCUGGUUUUGGGACAUUUGAUGACAAUCAGCUAUACUCUUUCUGUAGUUCGAGGAAAAAUUUUGUGCUUACCGUUCCAUUAAUUUAGAUAUGUCUACAUUCAUUGGGAGAUUUCUCCUGGUCAUGCUGAUUUUAUGUUGGCAUUGGUUUAUUGUUUCCAAUUGAUUGUUGAUACAUGUUGAAUGCUGUUGUAUUUCCGAAUGGUCGGGGCAGAUCUUAAGAACCUGGAGUUACUGAAUUUAAAUUACCAACAACAUCAGCAACUAUGCCAAAUUUUAAAGUUGUCGGGGUCUACUA